GGGUUCCAAAACUGAACCAGUUACUCAAGAUGAGUGAUGUCAAGCUUACUGUCUUGGGUGGUAAAGGCACAGGGAAAUCAGCAGUUACUGUAAGGUUUCUUACCAAGAGGUUCAUUGGAGAAUAUGCUUCGAAUCUUGAAUCUAUCUACAAUAAGCAGUUGUGUUUGGAAGGGAAAGCAUUGAAUCUCGAAAUAUAUGACCCAUGUUUUCAACCACAGAAGACAAAGUGCUCCCUCGCAAGUGAGCUGCACUGGGCAGAUGGGUUUGUGAUUGUGUAUGACAUCAGUGACAGGCCUUCCUUUGCUUUUGCAAAAGCCCUUCUCUGCAGAAUCCGGGAGCCACCAACUACUCAUUGUAAAAGGAUGGUGGAACCAGCUGUGGUUUUAGUUGGCAACAAGCAAGACCUCUGCCACAUGCGAGAGGUUGGCUGGGAAGAAGGGCAUAAGCUAGCAGUUGAUUUCCACUGUCAGUUCUGUGAACUGUCUGCAGCAGAGCAGUCCUUGGAGGUGGAGGUGAUGUUUCUCAGACUCAUCAAGGACAUUCUGUUGAUCUUCAAACACAAGGAGAAGAGGAGAUCCAGUGGGUCUAAAUCAAUGGCCAAAUUGAUUAAUAAUGUAUUUGGAAAGAGAAGAAAAUCUGUUUAGAAGAUAUAUAAUACAGGGGACUUGGUCCUUCAGAGGGUUUCAAGCACUUAAUGUGACAAACAUAAUUUAUAUAAUUAAAGACAAUUUUGGGGGUAUAUAUGAAAUAAGUAAAAAUGAAUCAUGACUGAAUUUUAAAAUAUAUAAUUUGUCUUUUUGGUUACAUCUGGCUCAUAUUGUUUCCAACAUGAGCUUUCACUCUUGUACAAGUGAAUACUCACUCUGGUGUAUCAGUAGAGAACUGUCCCUGUGCCUUGUUGAGAAAACUCUGUCCAUAUUGUUCAAUUAAAGUAUUAAAGUGUGUGAUUCACUUUUAAAUUCUGUCAUUGUUUUGAGAAAAAGAAAUAGAUAUUCAUACAACUAAUGCACUGUAGGGCCUAAGUUAUUGAUUUUAA